AUGAAUUUCAUGAGACCCCUUUACGCCAGAAACUUUGCGGGUAUGCAGUUGAAGAAGCUGGUGAACGUUCCUUUCCGUUUCAACUCAACCCACUCUUUUGUUCACAGACCGGCUAGAAUUCCGAUCUCCAUUACACCUAUUGUUGCUGGUCUUACAGGCUCCGUGUUUUUGGCGGCGGGUUUCUCGCAUUAUUCGGGCCAAAAUGCCAUCAAAAACGACACGAUCCUCGAUGUCAAACAAAGACAUCAAACCCUUCCAGACGAGAUUGGAAGCCCUGUGCACAUAGUCGAAAAUAAAGUUCGCAAGCUGAACUAUCGCCAGUUGUGUUUAGGGUCCGUAAUCGGUGUUGUGGCCGGCGUUCUAGUGGGCAAAAUAUCCACUGCCCUGGUGUUUAUAACGGCGUGUGGCCUUUUGGGCAUUCAAUGGCUUGAGAAUAGAGGACUCGUCGACAAAAGAUCCACAUGGAUGCUAUCAAAAUACGUUUUAAGAACCGGGAAGGAGUCAGUGGACGUGAACACGUUAAUUUGGGAUAGACCUAGUUUUAAGAUCCCUUUUCUGUUGACUUUUGUCUUGGCAGCAGUCAACAUAUGA